AGGACGAUGGAGGUUCAUCCUCGUCCUCAGAGCAUCACUUCAUCGUAAAGUAAAACUGAACGGCGUCUGAGAUGCAGCUCGACGAGACCGACAGUGUUUUCGAUUUGAACUCGGCGGUCCCUGAGACGGAGCUGUUAGAUAACAGUAUCCAGAAGAGUCGAGCUCCACUGGCGCUGAAGAACCGCAGGAACCGACCGUCACGAACCCGACUCACCGAGAGUCUGAGCUCAGCCGACGGGGACGAGCUGCACGAGUCCAAGUCAGUGGACACGCCCCUCCACUCGGCCCCUCUGCACUCGUUCCUGUAUGACUCCUCCCUCACCCCGGAGCUCCUCCUCUCACCGUUUGACUCCGCCCUCUCGCGGCGUUCUCCCGAGGAUCCGAAAUCGCGCUACCGUCAGCUCACCAACACCACGUCCCACGAUGCACUGCUGCCUCCGGCUCCGCCCUCUCCCUGCAAGUCCUGUCCCGAGACCUCGCCCGUGCACUUCCGCCGCCCCCGCCGGCCCGACAGCGAAGUUUUGGUGUCGGAUGACAGUCAGGAUGAUGCGCUGGUGGUGGAGCCCGUCAGUCCCACAGUGGUUCUAGAUAAAAAGACCAAACGCAGAUUCCUCGAUCUGGGGGUGACGCUGCGCCGCUCGUACUCCAGAGUCAAGAAGGAUAAAACACACAGAUUCUCUCUGGGGAGCAGAGAGCUGUGUGAGAACACGUCCCGUCACUCCGGAUCCUUCGUGCCUUUUUCCUGGUUUUCCGACUCUCACCGCGGUUCUUCCUCCUCCUUAUCAUCACCCAAGAUGGCGGCGCCAACACGCAGCCCCAGCAAAUCAGACUCACAGGAGUCGGCGUUCAGCGACGAGUUCUCCCCGAAGAGUCCCUCGGCUCCGUCGGACGGGCGCUCCUCUCACCCCUACCAGACCCUCUCUCAGUCCUCGGACGAGCGCGGGGACGAGCCGCGGGGGGCGGUGAACUCCUGGAGCACCCAGCAGGUCUGCGAGUGGCUGAAGAGUCUCAGCAUGGACCAGUACGUCCCCGAGUUCCAGGACAAGGACGUGGACGGCGAGCUGCUGCUGCAGAUGGACGGCGCCAAACUCAAGGCCCUGGGCGUGGCGAACUCGACGGACCGCGGCGUGUUGAAGCGGCGGAUUAAGGACAUCCACGCGGCGGCGGAGAAGGAACGUAAAGCUCUGGAUAAACUGGAGAAGCAGAGAGAGAAACAGAGGAAGAAAGAUCAGGAGCAGAGGAAGAACUAA